AUGACCCAAGAUGCUAGGUGUAAAAACUGCCAAGGAGAGGUUGAAAGUUUGGAUCACAUUUUGAGAAGGUGCAACCCAGCGAAGACUGUUUGGGAAGAUCAUAAAGCUAUUGGAUGGGACAGAGAGUUCUACAACAGCAACUUCAAAUUAUGGAUAGAGAGGAAUAGUAAAUUGAAGAAAAAAGAAAACGACCGAACUGAGUGGGGAACUCUAUUCACUAUUACUAUAUGGGGUUUACGGAAACAGAGAAAUGAGUAUGUCUUCAACAACAUCAAAUACCAGCCAAAACAAGUUUCUAUCUACAACAACUUAGCAAGUACAAUUAGUAAAGCUAAAGACGGGUCUCAUACCAGAAUCACGAAAAACCCGCAAUGGGUUAGCUGGAGGAAAUUGCCAAGGGGAAUUUGA